GUCAUUUAGAAUGACCAGAUUAUGGAUUUCAGUUUUGGUCUUUAGCACCAUGUGCCAGUCUGGUAGACUCUGGGUUACUGCACAAUGCCCAGCUCUAGAUGUUUAUCAGUCUGAUGAAAAGCUCAGUGUGGAUAUCGGUAACUCGGCUACUCUCCAGUGUUGUGUUUUCGGGAUAGACGACGAAGAAAUGAUCUGGUUUAAGCAACAAAACAGAAAACAGCCUCAGAUUAUAGUCAGAUUCUUUAAAACUGCUCGGGAAACGUUUUACAAUGAAUUCCAAAAUCCUCGUUUCCGAAUAAAAAAACACGGAAACUGCUUCAAUAUGACCAUUUCAAACACCACGAUGUCUGAUGAAGCCACGUACUACUGUGCACUCGUGUUUGCAGACGGGACUCAUUUAAAAAUUAAAGGUGAGCAUGUUACCACUGCAUCAGAAACAUCUAAACCAGCUCUGUGUGAUAAAACACUGCAUGGUAAAGUCACGAACAUGAACACACAAGAGAAAAUGGUGAUCGGUUUGGGAACGGCUUUGGGUUUGUGUGCACUUUUGAUUUUCUGCCUCAUUUAUUUCACACUGAGGAGAAGAAAACGUGAUAAAAUAAAUGCUUCUGUAGAAGAUUCUCCAGGAAUGAGACAGGAAUCUGAAGCUGAAACACUGAAUUACGCAGCUUUGCAGUUCUCUAAGAGGAAAGCCAAAGCUGAAAAAAAGAAAUCUGGCUCAUCAGAUGAGUGUGUUUACUCUGAUGUGAAUAGAACUGUAAGAUGUAACAUCAAUUAUUCAUAACACAUGGCACUAUAACACUGCAAAAUCAGUAAAAAAAAUAUUUCAGCAAUUGAAAAUAUCUUGACUAUAUGCUAUAUUUUCCUAUAUUUUCAUUGUGAGAUUAUAAUAUAACAACUACAGUAAAAGAUUGUUAAACAAACAUGUUUGCUAAUUUAAUUUAAAGCUUGGCAGAUAAUGUAUCUGCUAACACAUAAAUUCUCAAAGCAAAAUUGCUGUACAGAAUAGUCCAAACAACAAAACAAACAAACAAACAAAAAACAGAGAAGCCUAGAAAGAAAUGUUUAUAAUAAUCUCAUAGUAAGAAAUAUUAUACAGAUUUGCCUGUAUUCAAGGUAUUGUUUUUUUUUUCCACUUUCAGUGUGUAGCUCAACGUUUUUCUUCUGUUUACUUCUGUUCUGUUAAGAUAAUUGUCCUUUUUUCUUUUUCUUUUUUUUUCAUCCGUCCUAUUAUAACAAAAAUGAACAUGAAAAAUGCUUUUUUUUAUGACUACAGUGUUGCACUUUGUGGAGAUUCUGUGUAUAAAUUGUAUGAUUUAAACUUUUACAACAAAUUUACAAAUGAUUUCAUUAAAAAAAAUAUAUAUGCUCUUAAACAUUUUUCCCUGAAAAUUUUUGAGCAAAAGUAAUGUUCCAAUUUAUUUCAAAAAGCAUGUGUGUUGGACUUAAAUCUUGUAAAUGUGGUGCCCAGAACUUGGAAUUAGUAUUGUUCAGCAUUAAGUAUAGUACUUACUGAAACACAUUUUACAUUAACCAAAGUGAAUCAUCAAACACAAAGACAAAACCUUCCAGAAAUUCAACCAUAAUAAUAUAUGCAAUUUAUGUGCAGUCCAGGAUUUUCACGUCACACUGCCCACAACUUAAAACCACUGUUCAUUUAUUAAGCAUGGAGUUUUUUUGCACUAUGUGGACCAGAAUUGUAUAAUCGUAGUGGCACGUAUGUCACCACCUUUGCUCUUACUGGAUAAAGCAGUCUUGUCCCUGUGGAAUAAAAAUGAAGCCAUCUACCGAAA